GUUUUCCUCUGCUGAGAACUUAGUUUACACCGUUCCGUGAUAUUAGUCUUGUGACAGCGAUUUGUUAUUGUAAAACGAACGAGAAAUAAGUAAAGCAUGGCAUCUCAGAAUAAUGGGGCGCCCCCUGCUUAUCAAGAAGUGGCGGGGCAGCAAGGGGGUGGAGGUUAUGGAGCAGUUCCAACUGCACCCUAUCAGGCAGGUUAUCCCCCCGCAGGGGCGUACAAUCACGGUUACGACCCCUCCAAAACCCACCAAGGAUACAACCAGCCAGGAUAUCAGGGCAGGCAACCAGGUUAUGGACAGCAAGGGUACCAGCAGCAAUACGGGGUCGUAGUUCAGCAACAGCCAGCCACUCAAGUAGUUCUUGUUGGGGGAUGUCCAGCAUGCAGGUCUGGAGUUCUGGAGGAGGACUACACAUGUUUAGGUGUGCUCUGUGCUAUAUUGUUCUUUCCCCUCGGCAUUCUGUGUUGUUUAGCCAUGAGACAGCGACGGUGUCCAAACUGUGGGGCUGUGUUUGAUUAGGCCAUGUCUUACAAAUUUAAAGAGGUAACGGAGAAAGAGACCACUAACAGAUGCAGGGACAUGAUGGAAUAUUUUGUAUUGUCAAUCAUCUGCACGUAUGUGUAUAUACAUGUACAUGUAUUGUUAUGUUUUCUAGAUUUAGUGAUCAAUUCCUAAAAUUCUAUUACAAUUACAAUAUAUAUUUUUUGUUGCUUUAGUAACUUGCAUUUGAGUUGAAUUAAAGAUCCAUGAUCUUUCAAAAUAGUUCAUCAAAUGUAUUAAUAGACUUUCCUAGGACCGUCAGACCAACACAUGUAUCUAUUUUGAUCAUUUCAUCACCUGUUAUAAUUGCUAUACACGUAUCUGUGAUGAUUCUAUUUUACCCACAACUUUUCAGACAUUAUACAUACCCAAAAACAUUUUUUUUGAAAUACAAGUGGCAACAAACAUCAAUGUUUGGACAUGUUAAUAUUGUUUGAAAUCUGUAUUUACAAGCAAUACUUUUGAUUUUUAUUUGGAAAAAGUUUAUUGAGAACAGCAUUUGGUCUGUGAGGGGGGAAAAAAAGAAUAUUUUCCCCCUUAUUACAUGUAACAUGUAUUGGUUGUGUGAAAAAUUCAUAUUCUCAAGUGGCAAAAUCUUAAUGCAUGUAAUACAUGCCAUCUUUGCUUGUUGGUUAUUUAGCUGAUUUUAAGAAGAUUUUUAUGCAUUGUAAACUAUUUGGUAUAUAUACAUUCUUAAGAAAUUAUAUUAAGAAUUUUAUUUUAAGAUGUGCAAUAUAAAAUAUAAUAAUAAAUUAAACUAUGUGAUGUUAUAAUCACCAAGUAUACCAUAUAGAUACAUUUUCAUGCAUGUUUUCCUUACAAGUUUUAGUAUUAAUUGUAGAAUCUUUCUUAUUUAUGAUGUAUGAUACAUUUCUUUGAUUACAUAUAUCCUACAACCUGAAAAAUGCAGAUUCCAAUUACAUAAUGGAAAAACCAUAAUUUCCUGAAAAUGUAAUACAGUUGUAAAAAAAAAUUGUCUGAUAGACUAUAACUUAAAAGAAGGAGUAUCGGUGAAAGUUAAUGGCAUUUGAGACAGAUUUGAAAUUACAACAGUGUAUUAUAAUAAUUAAAGUAUGUAAAUAUGUAUACAAGUAUGCUUUUCAUCUCAUUUCUUGAUCUGCAGUUGUUUCAUAAUUUACAUAAUUAUACACAUCUUCAUUGUUAUUGAUUAUUUUAAAUGUUCAACUUGUAAAUCAGUUGUAAAUAAAGUUUUAAUUGAACUAUAA